CAACAAACAGAUGUAGUUUCUUUUUUAAAGAGAAAAGAAUAAAAUGACUUCAAAAUUAAAUUUGUUGAGUACAAUUAUAAAGCAAGCUUCAGCCGACAAAUUAUUUAAUCUGUUAAAUUCUAUUGAUGGAAAUAAAGAUUUAGUACUUGAUAAAGAAUUGAUAUGUUCUUUGGAUUACAUAGCCAGUUUUAGCCAGCUAAAGACUUGCAAAGUUGAGAAAGUUUUCAAAUUGGAACCUGGGGCUGCUCCUGGUCGCACUGAGAAAUGUGUAUAUCUCAUAAAGCCUACAAUACAAAAUACUAAAAUCAUUGCUGACCAUAUCAGUGCAAGCAGAAGUAUAGAUAGUAAUAAAAGAUUUUGGAUAAUUAAUGUACCAAGGAAGCUUUUUGCUUGUGAAACAGUGCUCGAAAGAGAAGGAGUCUAUGGUCAUGUUAAGCAGAUGGAACUACCUUUGGGUUUCUUGUGCCUUGACAGAGAUUUAUUUUCUCUUGAGUUACCAGAUUUCUUUAAUUCUUUCUAUAUAAAAGGAGAUCUCACCUAUGUACAUACUGCUGCAAUGGCCUUAGUUCAGUUAUGUAAGAUUUGUGGACCAUUACCGAAAAUAUUUGGUCAGGGAAAAUGUGCAAAGAUGGUGAUUGAUUUGAUGAAUCUCAUAAUGAAAGAAACAACUUUUGACUCUAGUGGAUCAGAUAAAUUAUCUCAUCUAGUUAUUUUAGACCGAGAUAUAGAUUAUGUCUCUGUACUUUUAUCUCAACUUACCUAUGAAGGAAUGCUGGACGAAUUUUUUGGAAUUAAUAGUGGUCGCAUAAUAUUUCCAAAGGAAGUGACUGCAAAAGAGGAAUCAAUAAAAGUUGUACUGAAUAGCAGUGAUGUCGUGUUCAGUGAAAUAAGAAAUAACUACUUUGCUAGUGUAUUUAGCUUGUUGCGAGACAAAGCAAAAGAACUUCAAGCUAAAAGUGAAACCUCAUCAAUGUCUCUUGGUGAUAUAAAAAAGUUUGUUACCCAAGAAAUGAAAAAUAUUCGACAACAGCACACUUCUCUUUCCUUGCACAUUGGAGCUUGUGAAGUUAUUUUAAAUACAAAAAGUGAAGAAAAUUUUCAAGAACGCUUAAGAAUAGAGCGUGAUAUUUUAGAAGGUCAAAAUUUAAGAGAAUGUCUUACCUAUACUGAAGAUGUUAUCAAUAGACAAGAUAGCUACUCCAGUGCCUUAAGAUUGAUGUGUCUUCUUUCUAUUUCACAAGAUGGCUUAUUAUCUGCUGAUUAUGAAUCACUAGCAAUUCAGUUUCGUCAGAGUUAUGGCUGUAAAUAUGUAUCAACUCUAUACAAGUUGAAGAAACUUGGCCUGCUGUUAGACCAAGCACCACUACUGCCACCCAGCAGUGUAAGAUCUAGCAAAAUAACAGAAGUAGCCACUAACAAAGCUACUAAAAUUGCUGAGAAAGUUGCCACUGCUGUUGCAUUUCCCAAAUAUAGCUCAUUUAGAGCAAUUUCUAAGAAAUUUAAUUUGAUACCUUCAGAAGAACAGAGCAUUGAUCUGAAAAAUCCAACUGAUAUGAGUUAUGUCUUUGGUGGAACAUAUGUGCCAUUAGUUGGAAAAAUAACAGAACAAAUUGUUGUUCAUGGCACACUAAAGAAUCUCGAAGAAAAUAUGAAGCUUUUACCAGGUUCCACUUUAAUAAAUUAUAAGGCAGACAAAGAUACUGGAUAUGUCAUUCCUACUAAAGACAUUGCUUCGAAAACUGUUUUUGUUUAUGUUUUGGGUGGUAUUACUUUUGCUGAAGUGGCAGCAUUAAGACUGUUAGGACAGUUGCAUGGUUGCAAAAUUCUGAUUGGCACCACAUCAUUCAUCAGUGGCAAUUCUCUGCUGAAAUCACUCUCACCAGUCGAUGAAAGUUGAAAAUACUUAUUGCAGUAUUUUAUUUACAUUCCAGUGUAUAGCUUUGAUUGAGAUAUUUUGAAUCAUCUGUUAUUUUAUUAUAUGUACAAAGUAUAUGAAAUAAAUUUUAUAUUAUUUAAAGAUA